AUGGGCGACCCCGAAUACUCCCCGUCAGCCUCCCGCCAAAGCCUCAUGGCUGACGACGCGCAGCUUAGUCGCAGCUACUCGGGUUACCAGAACAUCGCCGUCGCCACGCCGCCACAACCGCCCGAUGCGCCGUCGCCGCACACGGCGGUGAACGUGAAGGUGGAGCCGAUGGUGCUGUCGUUUCACAACGUCACUUACACCGUCGUCAAAAAGCGAACUCCAGGGGCGAGGAAGAUAAAACCCGCCGCUCCCCCCGCCGGCGGAGGCGGCAACGACGCCAGGUUCGAGUCGAUCGACUCGGACGACGAAGCGGGAAUGGAUGCGGGCGGCGCGGAUGAUGAAGUCCCGCCGGAGCCACAAUCGGUAUCGGAGGAGGGAUUCACUAUAAAAGCAAGAAAAAAGUAUCGCACAAUUCUGCAAGGCAUUUCCGGCUUCGCGCGGUCGCAGGAGGUGCUUGCAAUCAUGGGAUCCUCGGGCUCGGGGAAGACGACGCUUCUGGACGUGCUCGCGCAUCGCAUCGCGGAGGCGCGGCCGUCGCGCUUGCCGCAGAAGGAGGGCAAAGUGAAGAGCGGGCGCACGGGGAACGUGGAGUUGAACGGCGUGAAUAUGUCGAGCAGCAUCAUGCGGCGCAUCUCCGCCUACGUGAUGCAGGACGACCUGAUGCACGCAACGCUCACGGCGCGCGAGACGCUCAUGUUUUCCGCGGAGAUGAACCUGCCGAGCGAGACGUUUUCGCACAAGGAGAAGCAGGAGCGCGUGGAGCGGCUGCUGGAGCUGCUGGGGCUGCAGCACGCCGCGAACACGAUCAUUGGAGACGAGGGCAGGCGAGGCGUGUCCGGCGGAGAGCGCAAGCGCGUGGCGAUCGGCGCGCAGAUCGUGCACGACCCGAAGAUCCUUUUCCUGGACGAGCCCACCUCCGGCCUGGACUCGUCCAACGCGUACCGCGUCGUCAAGAUCUGCAAGGACAUCGCCGUCGAGUCGCGCAGCAUCGUGAUCAUGGUGAUCCACCAGCCGUCGUUCCGCGUGCUGGAGCUGCUCGAUCAACUGCUGCUCAUGGCGACCGGGCAUACCAUCUACUUCGGCCCGCCUCCGGAACUCCCCGCGUUUUUCAACUCGUUCGGCACGCCUGUUCCGCAAUUCGCAAACCCGACGGAGUUUGGAUUGGAGCUGCUAGACCAGCUUGCGAACACGCCGACCGGGUUGAGUGAGUUGACGACAUACGCGGAUGAGUAUCACCGCGGGAAGGACCUCACCGGCGGGGUUGGCGGCGGCGGAACGAGGCGCGUGCUUCCGACGAUCCCUGACGACUGUGGAUCGGCGGCGGCGUCGCCCGUGAGUCUUGGCGACGUGGUUCCGGAGGAUUCGCCCGCAGCGGCGAAGGCGGCGGCGGCUGCGGCGGUGGUGGCGUCGAAUCACAAGGGCACGCGGCAGUACGCCAACAGCUGGUUCCGCGAGCUCUGCGUGCUGACGGCGCGAUCCGCGCUGAUGAUUCAGCGCAACCCCGCGCUGUACGCGCUGCGGCUUGUUCUGAUCGCAGUGGCGGGAUUCAUGCUCGCGACGCUCUUCUUCCGCCCGGACUACGAUCCGACGGGGUUGCUGGAGCGACUGGCGUUCCUGUCGUUCAUCGUCGCCGUGCUCUUCUUCUGCUCCGCCGACGCCACGCCCAUCUUCAUCUCGGAGCGGCACAUAUUCAUACGCGAGACUUCGCACAACACGUACCGGUCGUCGACGUACGUGAUAGCGACGACGAUCGUGUACCUGCCGCUCUACUUCAUGAUGGCGCUCAUAAUCACGCUCGAGUCGUGGUGGUGCGUCGGACUCACGGGCGGCUUCUCGGGCAUCUGCUUCUUCUGCCUCAUGUGCUUCAUGUGCCUCUUUACCGGGAAUGCUAUCGCCACGCUCUGCUCCUCCUUCUUCACCAACGUGAUUCUGGCGUACGCGAUGGUGAUCAGUCUGAUGGCCUACUUCACGCUGGUGUGCGGGUUCUACAUCCAGCGCACGUCCAUCCCCAAGUUCUGGAUCUGGCUGCACUACAUCUCGCCCAUGAAAUACGCAUACGAGGGCCUCGCACUAAACGAAUUCGACAGGGAGGACGGAGCGUGCUACCUGACAGUGGAGCAGAUUUUCACGGUGAAGCCCUUCGACGAGUACUUAAACGCCACCAAGGCCAAGAGCGCCUUGGACGUGUUUGUCCCCAUGCUCGCAACCAACGCGACGCAGGGGCUGAAUGAGUCGAGCUGCAUCCUGUACGGCCCGCGCAUCGCGCAUGGGUUCCUGGAGAUCAACCAGCUGGGGAAAUGGGAAUGCAUGGCGGUGCUGCUGGGGCUGGCGAUGUUCAUCCGCCUGUGCUACUUCUUCGUGCUGUGCUCGAUUUCCAAGGAGAAGAGGAAGUGA